GCUGAUCAGUACGUUAUGUCAUCGAUUUGGAAUUGUGUUGCAGAGAAGCUGGUGAUCGGUGAAGUUCUUUCUCGCUUUCCUUCUCCUCCUCCUCCUCCUCCUCCUCCUCCUUCUUCUCUGUUGGAAGGUCCCUGGCCUCGCGCUGCCGCCAUGUCGUACGGGAAAGCAGACAGCUAUCGCUCCCAGCCCCGGGACUUCAACGUUCUCAUCCAGAUAUGCAGCUCCAACAUCCAGAAAGUCACGCACAACACUGCUCAGGUCAAGAGCAUGGUGAGCCAGCUGGGAACAAAGCAGGAUAACAGUGAUCUGCAGGACAGGCUACAUCAGCUGCAGCACUACACAAACCAGCUGGCCAAGGAGACCAACAGACACCUGAAGGAGCUGGGCUCCCUGCCGCUGCCCCUGUCCCCUUCAGAGCAGAGGCUGCAGAAGAUCCAGAAGGAGCGUCUCAUGAACGAUUUCUCCGCGGCGCUCAAUAACUUCCAGGCGGUGCAGCGACGAGCGGCGGAGAAGGGGAAGGAGACAGUAGCCAGAGCCAGGGCAGGGUCCCGCCUCUCGGCAAGUGAAUUGCACAAAGAUGAGCCGCUUGUGUCAUUUGAAAGUAACGAUGACUGGGCACAGACUCAGGCGCAGGAGGAGGAUGCUGCUGUCACUGAGGAAGACUUGGAGCUCAUCAAAGAGAGGGAGACUGCUAUCCGGCAACUCGAGUCUGAUAUAAUGGAUGUGAACCAGAUUUUUAAAGAUUUAGCCGUGAUGAUUCAUGACCAAGGAGAAAUGAUCGACAGUAUUGAGGCGAAUGUGGAGAGCGCAGAGGUGCACGUGGAGAGGGGAACGGAACAGUUACAGCGGGCAUCGUACUACCAGCAAAAGUCUCGGAAGAAGAUCUGUAUUCUGGCUAUGGUCCUGUCCUUGGUCGGCGUGGUUCUGGGCUUAAUCAUCUGGCAAGUCACGAAUUGAGCAUCCCACAUUUUCAUUGUCCUUGAUCCUGGUUUUACCAGGGGGAGGAAUUUCCAUGCUGCACUGGCAGGGAAUGGACUUGACCUUCUCAGAUAGAGAAGGUGCACGCUUCCACUGGAGUUCCUUUAGCAACAUAGUUAGAGAUUUCUGUCAAGACAUAUGGAAACAGUAUUUAUAACUUAAUGGACAAAUAUAUUUGUGUAAUUCUAUAACUUUACCCCCCCUCUGUUUCUGAUUACUGUAAUAUUUACUGCAAUAACACUAACAUGUACUUUCAGUGUGUUUUGAACAAAAGUUAUUAUAUGUGAGCUAUAAUUUUAUCCAUGACUGCAUACAUUCAAAUUUUAGUAGAUCUUCACAAUUGCCAGUUGUUUCCUUUUCGGUUCAGACUCCUGGGAGAAUGGCAUGUUUUGGAGUGCAAAAGACAAAUUGGUUAAUGUUUAGAGGCAAAAACCCAAGACUGUAAAAACCACAGCUCCUCUCUCAUUGGACUGGACUUUAAUUUUCCAGAUUUUGUCACUUGUCCUGCUACCGCACUGUAAGUUUUGAGGAGACGUGUUUUGUGUUUAGGUUUGUCCUGUGAGGAAGGGGUUAGAACAGGAAGUUAAAUCAUAGUGUUGUGUUUGGAUAAAAUGAAGUCUGAAAUUUUAACCACAGUAUAAAAAACGAUUUAUACUUGUAAGGGUGAUGUAUUGCCAAUGAGACAUACGAAGAAAAAAAAUCUAGCCUUGAUUUAAUUGACCCAGAGAGCUGCUAAGCUUUGUAUGCUUUCACUUUGCUUGCUCUUUGCAGUUAACAAGUGUAUGGGUUGUAAAUCUGCUUUUAACUGGCAUGUCUUAUCUGACUUAAGCUGUUAGAUUGCGUUGUUUCGUUUGCUUAUUUUUAUGUCUUGUGUCAACCAGCAACAACAAAAAAGUACCAUGAACUAAACGAUUUCAGAAGCUGAAGUACUCCAUUCACGGAAGCAAAGAAGACUGUUUUUGAAGGUGGUACUCCUAAUGUAUUCUUGUCAUUAUGAUCUUUUUUUUUUUAUUCUGGUAGAAUAUUAGAAGAGUAAAGUGAUAUAAAUGUC